AUGAUUCAUGCAACUGAGAAGCACAAAGAGAUCAUCAUGGAGUAUUUAUAUAAACAACCAGAGAUGAACACAAUCCUAAUUGGCUAUGUUCUGAAGUUUGGCUUCGAUAAACCAUUCCAAGAUGUUUGGAUAGAUAAUGAAACUAAAGUCAAUGCCUGCUUUGUUCGUUAUUUCAAAAUACUGUUCAUGAGUAGCUAUGAUCACAUUGUUGUACACGAUUUCGUGGAAGAAAUUAUUAACAAGUUUAAUAUCGAAUGCUACGCUGGAGAAACAUCUUAUUUACAAUUAUAUGAUUUCAAAGAUUUACCAAAGAAGACAAAUAUGACAUUAGCACAUUUAACAAAGAAACUUAACGAACCAAAUCUUCCACUAGUCAAAAAGUUAGGUGCUGAACAUGCUGAAAUGAUGGUAGAUCUUAUGCACAGAGCAUUUGAAUCCAAUAUAGACCUUGACGAAGUAAGAAAUGAUCUUCAAUCAAAUUCAGCAAGAGCAUACGGUAUUUUUGAUGGAGACAAGUUAAUUUCUAUGGCUAAAUCACAAGCUGAGUCAGAAAAAUUGGCAAUGGUUGUUUAUGUUUGCUCAGAUAAAAAUUACAGAGGAAAAGGCUAUGCAUCGAUGUGCUCUGAUAAAAUUAGUUAUGAGCUUCAAUCAGAAGGCAAAACACCUUGCCUUUAUUACGUUGAUCCACUUGCUGCCAAGAUUUAUUUGAAAUUAGGUUAUGAAAACAUUGGACAUUAUACAACUGUGAGGAGACAGAGCAGACCUAACUAA